AUGCCUACCGCCACUGCCAGAGUUAACGACAAAGUCAUCGCCUCCACAAACGACUAUCAGACCGUGGAAGGCAAUAUCUAUUUUCCGCCCAGCUCCCUGGACCAAUCAGUCCUCUCACCAUCGAACACUCACUCGACGUGCCCGUGGAAGGGGAAAGCAAGCUACUACAACAUCAACGCUAAUGGAACCACUUUGAAGGAUGCGGCUUGGUACUAUCCGGAGCCGAAGGAAAAGGCCGCACAUAUCAAGGAUCAUGUCGCGUUUUACGGUAGCAAGGUCGCCGUGUCUGUUGUUUGA